UUCAGAGAUGUCUCAACAGAGUAACUUUGAUAGGCAGAGGUGGUAGAGAACCAGAAAAUUGGGGAAGUUCGGAGCACCCCUGUGUCAUUGUUCCUCUUGCAACAAAUACAGACUGGCAGAAAAGUGGUGUGUUUAGGCCAAGACUUCGAGAUAACGUUGCAGCCAGAAUUUUGAAAGGCGAUCGACUGUUCGUGGAAGGUUCUCUCUCAUAUGUUAAAUAUACUGAUCAAGACAAGACCUUCACCCCAGUCUCCAUGAAUGCCGAUGAAAUCAUGAUUGCACAGAACACUG